AUGCCUUCUACGAAACAGCGAAGUGGCGCGCCGUUAUCGGCACAUAAACCAAGUCACCCCGUCGUAACACUUGAUAUACUUGUGAAUGUUUUCAAGAAGACACUAUUUCAUCCGUUCAUUGCUUGGUUGAUACCCCUAUGCCUUGUCGCCCAAGCCACACCAUAUUCCCAUCCGUCGUUUCUCAUUACUGCGGCAUAUGCUGUUUGCCUGAGCACAUUUGUCGUGUUAUCAUAUAUAAAUAGGCGCUUAGCCUAUGGCCUGCCGCGCAAUGUUGAUUUUAAAAAGGAGGUUAUUGCAGUUGCGGGCGGCGCUAGCGGACUUGGACUUGCAAUAGCCGAAACAUAUGCAAUGCGUGGGGUGAGCGUUGCAGUCUUGGAUAUAAAGGACUCAGCCGACGACGGUGGAUACGUAAGAUGGGAUGAAUUCCCCAGCCUAGAAUAUUAUAAAUGUGAUAUGAGCUGCAAGAAUGAGGUUGAGGAGGUGGCGAAGAAAAUAGUGAAAGACCUAGGAAGGCCAACGAUUUUCGUGAACUGCGUGGCAACAGCUAUUAAUGGUCUUCCCUUACUCUUUCUCUCAGACAAGGCGAUAGAGACAACUAUUAAAACAAACAUUCUCUCUCAUUUUCAUGCACUCAAGGCAUUCCUCCCAGGAAUGCUAUCCUCUCGGACCGGGGGUACCGUCGUCACUGUCAGCUCCGUUCUAGGCCACAUUACUGCUGCUGGAUUGUCAGACUAUACCGCUUCAAAAGCCGCAGCGGCUGCAGUACAUAGAACUGUAGAUGCAGAGAUACGUGUGCUGGGGGCCUCCAAGAAAAUAAAAACCAUUCUGGUCGAAACUGGACAAAUCGCCACACCAUUAUUUGAGGGGUUGGAAACACCGAAUAGUUUUUGGGCUCCGGUAUUAGAGCCGGUUCAGGUGGCACGCGAAAUAAUAUCCAUGAUCGAUAGCGGAAAUGGAGGAGUGAUCAGAAUGCCGGCUUACGCCACAUUUCUGGGAGUUUAUGCUAUGCUCCCAGCAUCCAUUGAGAGGCUUGCCAGGUACCUAAGCGGUGUCGAUUCAGCUGUUGCCAAAGCAACAAUUUCAACUGCCGCGAAGAAUAGGGAGCAUGCAGCAGUGUCUCUGUCAACAAGUAGCUCUGAAGAUAGCGAUGAUGAUGACAGCGACAACUAA